ACAAAAAACUUUGAGUGUGAUUUACUUUGACAUUUGUGAUUGUAAAAUUUGAGUUUUGUUUUGUACUUGCGGAGAACAGAAAUAUUAAAUCUAUUUUCAUCUUUCGUUUGUGCACUAUUUAAAUCGUGAAAAAUGGCCCUGUUCCCGGGAUCGGUGGCCUUUGAUGAGUAUGGCCGUCCAUUUAUAAUCUUGAGGGAUCAAGAUAGACAGAAAAGACUUACCGGUACCGAUGCCAUAAAGUCACAUAUACAGGCAGCCCGACAAAUUGCAAGCACUCUUCGCACAUCUCUUGGUCCCCGCGGUCUUGAUAAGCUUAUGGUGUCGUCUGAUGGUGAUGUGACAGUAACAAAUGAUGGGGCUACAAUUCUAAAAAUGAUGGACGUUGAGCAUCAGAUUGGUAAACUACUUGUGCAAUUGGCUCAGAGUCAAGAUGACGAAAUUGGUGAUGGUACCACAGGGGUUGUUGUUCUUGCUGGUGCACUCCUUGAGCAAGCCUCAAAUCUGUUGGACAAAGGUAUCCAUCCGAUUCGUAUAGCCGAUGGUUAUGAGAUGGCUGCCGCCCUGGCACUGACCCAUCUUGACAGCGUCAGUGAAGCUUUCCCAGUCAACAAGAAUACGAGGGAAAAUUUAAUUAAGGUGGCCAUGACAACCUUGGGCAGUAAAGUGGUGGUCAAGUGUCACAGGUUGAUGGCAGAAAUAGCUGUUGAUGCUGUCCUGGCUGUGGCAGACUUAGAGACGCGAGACGUCAAUUUCGAGCUGAUCAAAGUGGAGGGAAAAGUUGGAGGACGCAUGGAGGAUUCUGUUCUUGUUCGAGGUGUCGUUGUGGACAAAACGAUGAGUCACCCUCAAAUGCCCAAAGUACUCCGGAAUGUGAAACUAGCAAUCCUGACCUGCCCGUUCGAACCACCCAAACCCAAGACCAAGCAUAAGCUCCAGGUGGGCUCCGCUGAUGAAUACCGUGAGCUGAGACAGUAUGAACACGAUAAAUUCAUCGAAAUGGUCCGCAAAGUUAAGGAUGCAGGUGCUACUCUAGCAAUCUGCCAGUGGGGCUUUGAUGAUGAAGCCAACCAUCUCCUGCUGGCUGAAGGUCUACCAGCCGUACGCUGGGUGGGUGGACCAGAAAUGGAGCUCAUCGCCAUUGCGACUGGCGGCAGGAUCGUGCCUAGAUUUGAAGAACUCACUCCAGAGAAACUUGGCUCAUGUGGACUAGUACGAGAACUUACUUUUGGUACAUCAAAAGAAGAGAUGUUGGUGAUAGAAGAGUGUUCCAACUCUCGAGCGGUAACUGUACUUGUGAGAGGAGGGAAUAGAAUGAUUGUGGAGGAAGCCAAGCGUUCGGUGCAUGAUGCUCUGUGCAUUGUGCGCAGUCUUGUACAGGACUCGCGCGUGGUGUACGGCGGUGGCGCGGCGGAGGCGUCGUGCUCGCUGGCAGUCAGCGCGGCCGCUGAGAAGCUAUCCUCGCUCGAUCAGUACGCGUUCAGAGCCUUCGGAGAUGCGCUCGAGGCCAUACCUCUGGCACUCGCCGAAAACAGCGGCUUAUCACCUAUUGAUGCAUUGUCUGAAGUGAAAGCGAGACAAGUUGCUGAGAAUAAUCCCUACUUGGGAAUCGACUGCAUGUCAAAAGGUUCAAAUGACAUGAAAGCAAUGAACGUAAUUGAAUCGUUGCACUCAAAGAAACAGCAGAUAGCUCUGGCCACCCAACUCGUCAAGAUGAUACUCAAGAUUGAUGAUGUCCGGUCACCUGCAGACUCCAUCGAAUAAAUGCAUAUUAUAAUUACUUAGUUGUGGUUUUGUUGAACAGAAAUCUUUAGUUAUUGACAUUUGCAGAGUGCCUGAAUGAUAAAAAGUGUGCAGUGGGUGUUCUCAUGGUUGUUUCAAUAAUUGAGUGUACUCUAUGAUCAAAUGUAAUUGCAUUAUAGUACAAGUUGAACAACUUAAUGCAAUUUUAAUGGGCUCAGCGAUUUAGAUGUGCCUGGUACAGCUGAUGUUCAUGGGUGACUAUGAUUACUCACAAUGGCUGGAAAGUUUGAGUUCCAAAGCAAAAGAGUAUAGACACCAUGAUUGAUCCAGAUCCAUGAGUAUGGCCCUUUCAUACAAAAUGUGUUCACUCGUUAAAAAUAAACUCGUAAAUAAAUUUAAUCAAUCGUAAUUUGAUUUUGUUUUAAUGUAAAUAAAUUUUCAUUAAAACAAAAUUAAGUUUCAAUGAUAAUUUCGUUUGAAACCAAAUCUAAAUAAAGAAAUCUGUUUUGCACAACCAUAUCUAAUUGAUAUACAGUAUAGGUACUAUAAUUUGUGAAGAUGUAUUGCACGUUAGUGAAAGAUGCUAAAGUAUAUUAUUCAUUUUAACUGACUUUGAGAAUAGGUUUUCCAUUACGACUGUAUGAUUUUUAGAAUUCGAUAAAUGACUAGAGGAUUCGGUGACUUGUCAUUGCGAGUUUGGUCCGUGGAGACGAUUGUUUGCCUUCGCGAAAACAACCAAAUAUUCCGAUUUUUUUCCUACCUAAACUGAUAGCCUUAAGAGGCUAUUUCAGCGUAUCCCUAACUAGUAGGUGAGCUCACGGGGCUCAAACCUGAGUGAUGCUAACACUGGCCCUAGCAAGAGCCGUGCUUCGCUGAAUCUACCACCGGAUCGGAAUCGCGACCCACUGAGAAGAUCCGGCGAGAAACUCAGUGGGCUGUGUGGGAUAUUGGGGUGGUGAGACAGCCUCCAACGCGUAUCGUAGUUUUAAUAAAAAACAUAGAACUCGAAUGCAGAGCUACCUACUUGAUUCAAUUUUAUUUAGGUACUUACAGCCGUUUGAGAGUUCAUACACGUCCAAACUAAUAAUAUAAAAGAUUACUUUUGUGGGAAAUUGAAUCGAGCUACACCUUUUAACAUUUUUUGGGAACAUGCAGUAUUAGAAUCUGUUGACUAAUAUGCAAUACAACUAAACAGUUUUCAUUUCACAUUAAAACGCUAGUAUGUUAUAAAUAAUGUUGUAUUAAUUUAAUUUUAAUUUCAUUAGAAAUUUUGGAAGUUUCAUUAUUAGAAUUGAAUUUCAUGGUCACCAAAUUCAAUGCUUUAAUUUGAACAUCAAACGUUUUGUGAUGUAUAAACAAAAUGGCGGUACUAAUAACACUAUCUUAUAGUGAUCUUGAAUUUUGUCGUUAAGUCCUACGGGGUAGGUUUGAAAAGUUCUUUUAAGUUAUCAUUUCGUCUGUCGCAAAGUAUGGAGUGUACUGAAAAUGAUGUAUGCCUUAUUGCACUAAUAAAUUAAUGAGCUAACUUUU